GCGCGGACGCGGGGCUAUCUCAUAUCGACUUGCAAUGCGAAUGUGCGCAAGCAGUCGCGAUGAUGGCGUACUAUAAUUAACAAAGCAUGGGGAAGGGAGUGAGAAGCUCACCUGGGCAACUAUAGACAAAGGAGUGGAAGAAGGGAGCCUGGACCAGGUGGAGCAACACCAGAUGUGGCUGCAAAGGCGUAAGAGGAAGGAAAGGGAUGCUACCGCAUCCGGGACCCCAGGGGUAAAGAGAAUCGUCACGGAUGUGUUGGCGGCACUGGGGUAUGACAGCGAUGCGGAAAUACAGAAAAGGGGGGUGGCGGUGGCCCAAGGCCGGGCGUCUGGAGCAGUGGAUGAGGAGGCUGGGCGCGAGGACUACGGCGGAGGGGAGACGGGCUCCCAAGCCCUAACUAAGGCCCAAAGGAAGCAGCGUAACCUGCUACUCGGGAAGGGGCAGGCUCCCGAGGCCAUUGCCGCACCGCCGCCUAUCGCCGYGGCCGCGCCAGCGCUAGCGCCAACAGGGCCAUCGCAUAUGGGGCCGCCACCAGCCUGCGGGCACUGGGUGCCGCAUUGUCAGUCUGCGCCCUGGCCCAGCUGCAACCACUGUGUCUCGUGUGGAAGGGGUCAAGCCCACACGGGGCCUAUGGUCCCCUUUUCGGGCCCAUCGGCAAGUAUGGGCCCCCCGAGCUACCCGGCGACCCAAGGCCAGCCUGUGGCCCAACCGCCGCCCUCCCAGCAAGCCUCGCCAGCUGGUGUGGCCGGGGGAGGGAGUCAAGGACAAGGCGGGCAAGGCAAUGGGGGCCGGGGCCAAGGAGGCCGAGGAGAGGGUGGCCGGGGGCGAGGAGGAAAUGGUGGGGGUCGUGGGGGUGGUUGGAAUAAUCAGGGAGGCCAGAGCCAGGGUGGCCAGGGCAGCCAGGAGGGGGGCCAAGGGUAUGGRAGRCCCCRCUUCGAUUGGCGGAACGCAACUUGUUGGCAUUGUGGCGAGGUGGGCYACACCAUACGGUUCUGCCAACAGCGGYAGGACGAUGAGCUGGCAGGACUGAUCUCCUCCUGUAUGGACGGGGACAUAUAYGAUAGGUGGGAAAARCACAUCGAUCCCAAGACCCCGGGAGGAAUCAGGCAGGAAGCCCUCAGGCGAGCGGCGGCAGGGCCUCGAGCAGCCCCAGCAAUGUUCAGGAUAUGGCAGGAAAGSAMGGACCCGRGUGUGAGAGUCGAGGAGAUUGUGGAUGAAAAUGAGGAAGUGACUYAACGGCUGAAGGCGGGGACUAUAAAGGAGGAACCGAUAGUCGUUGAGUCGGACGACAAGGAGUUGGAAGUGGUGGGAGAGUCUGCCUCGACCAUCCUGGAAAGGAUGGAGGACCUGCUUGCAAAGGUCGGCAGGUACCAGGAACGACAGGCAGUGAUAUGUGAAGAGGCCCGAAAAUGGGAAAUAAACCUCCCUGAAGUGAUGCUCCAUGGAUCCGGCCCGGAGUCGUCAUCAGGACCGCAGGGGGUUCCCAGCGUGGCGACAGCCGGGGUAGGUCCUCGGUCAAGGAUGACCUUCAAGCCCCCUACAUCGCAUGGAAGGGUACCACAGGCCGCGCUGACUAGGGGCCAAAGCAAGGCUACCACUAGUCAAGGGCCCAGCCAGGCACCUGGCCGGGCGCCCCCUCGAAGGGAACAUGAGCCUGAACGAAGGAAAGAAGUGGUGGAGGUUCAGGAGGAAGAAGAGGAGGGUGAUGGCGAAGAGGAUGAGAGGCUUCGCCAGGAGGAGGAUCGGCGAGCUGAGCAGAGGGCCAAGAAGARAGGAGUUCAGGGAGAGGCGGAGCCGAGCCUGUGCGACGGCGCGCCAAAAAGGAAGAAGUACGCGGACCUGCAGCGUUUGAAUGCGGUGACGGUGCGGGACGCGGGAGGAUUGCCGAACACGGACGCCCUGUCAGAUUCAUGCGCAGGAAGGCCUAUAAUUUCACUUAUAGACCUUUAUUCCGGGUAUGACCAAUUUCCUGUAUACCCGCCGGACAGACCGGUGACGGCGAUGCAUACCCUGAGGGGGCUGAUCCACAUGAAUGUGGCCCCUGAGGGGUGGACUAAUGCGGUGGCGAUGGUGCAAAGGCACAUGAUUAGGGCCAUGCAGACGGUUAGUCCACAUAUUACCCAAUUCUACAUUGACGAUCUGGCGGUCAAGGGUCCAGAGGAGAGGGAGGAAGACGAGGUGCUGCCUGGAGUAAGACGGUUCGUCUGGAAGCACAUCCAGGAUAUCGAUAAGGUUCUGGGCCUGCUGGAAGAGCACAACCUGACGGCGAGCGGCCCCAAGUCGAAGCAUUGUAUAAGGGAGGCCACGAUUCUGGGCUUCGUCUGUAAGGGGCGGAGGCCAGAUGUGAAGAAGACGGACAAGAUCCUAGAGUGGCCAGACCGAGGGAUGCGGGCUUCGCCAAGCCAGGAAGCAGCGGUGGGGGCCCCUCGGCAGGUUGGGCCAAUGGGGGAGGUGCCUCUGGAUACGACCGAAGAAGAGGGUGGCGCCCAGGAGUCACUUAUGGCAAUGUCCACGGAGAGAAGAGGCUCACGUUUGCAUGAGCUGGCAGCAGCCAUGRGGAUAGGUACACCGCAGGAGAGGCCUAAGAGGCUUGAUACCCCAGGCUACACCCCAGGGUUGGGAGAGUUGAGGGCGGAGUUGGGCUCGUGGGCCACAGAGACGGACUCAGGAGGACUUGACUCAGGGCGACAACAGCAGCAGGACGUCGUGAGUGAGCCGGCCGCCGUGGCGGGCUUUUAGCCGUCAGGAUCAUGUGGGGAUGUGGAGGCGACGGAGAGGCCUCACGAGGAGAGACCCCAAGAGUUGGGCACGCUAGGCCACGAGUCAG